CCGGACCCGGAGAAGCUGAAGGCCAUUGUCAGCGGCAUCAUCCGCAAGCGCUGGAGCCGAGCGGGCAACGCCGUAAGGCUUUGCAACUACAUCCCGAAGUUCAUCGCCCAGCUCAAGGCCAGGCGAGCAAAGGACGCCCUCAGGAGAGCGGCGCUGCUGACGGCGGCCCUGGCGCCGCGCCUCGGGGCGGCGCGCCGGCGGAUCCAGGAGCGCCGCCUGGCGGCGAGGCGCCGGCUGGCAGGCGUCUUCCGGGCCGUCGUCUUCAUGUGCCAGGAGUGGCGGAGGAUCCGCAGCGUCAGGCGCAAGCGUCUCGAG